UGGAGAAGUGUGAGAAAGAUGCGCCGUUUUCAGGGGAGCGUGGUUGUAUGUGCGCGCGCGUGCAUGUGUGUCCGUCCCUUUCACGGUGAGUAAGGAGAGUGGGCGGUAUCAGCAACUGGUCUGCUGCUUAGGUGGCGUAGCAGACAUGCUUCUCACUGCGAGAUAUUACUCAUUUCCUCAACCCCAAACACACACACACACGCAGUCUCAGUUAGACACACGCGCCGAAGCGCGCUGACACACACACGCAAGCCUACAGCUACUCCGUGUUGUUCUCCGGUUUGGUGGGCUUGCUGGUGCUAUUUCUCACGUACCAACGGAGCUCAGUGGCAGAGUGCGGCUUCUAGAUGUUGUCUUCAUUUCUGCCGCCGCUGUGAGUAGGAAGCGGUCAGGGGAGGGGCGUCCAACCACCCCACCCCCUCCCCCGGAGGUUAGACGCUUGACCCCGGAGGACUGCAGCAUGUACGGUCAAAGAAAAACAUUCAGGUCGACCGUCCACUCUAAGGUGUUAGGUGGUUCAGAGCUGGUGCCUCAGUGACCUGACAGCGAUGUGGUGUCGAGGCCCUCCCCUCUCUCUGCACCCCUCGUUUUCCCGCAAGACCCAUAUGACCUAGCCGUCAGCCGCACGCAGGGGGCCCCCGCCUGCCGCCGCCGGCGCCCACCCAUGAAUCCCAGCCCCGACCGUGGCAAAGAGUGCCUCCCCCCGAAGAAGAGGGAGUCCCGGCAGGGUUCGGCCGAGCAGCGCCCCCCGCUGGACGAGUUCAAGCCGCCCGCCGUGCCCCCCAGGACAAGGCCUGCCGGCGGCUCUGGGAGGGGGGAGGGGGGCAGAGAGAGCAGCGGCGGGGCACAUACGCACUCCCACAGCCUGCUGUCUUCUCCCACGCCCCCCCUCCCACCCCCAGGUAUCCACAUACCCAUGCCAUGGCUCCAGGCCUACCCCCCGCCUUUUCCCUUACACUCCAACCAGGUAGGGGAAAGGCGGGGGUCGAGCUCGCCCUCCUGGAGAGACGCUCCUCUCCUGACCUCCCUGCAUUCUCGGUGGCUCCAAGGUGAGAUCCCUCUGACAGUGCCACCCUGCUCAUCCUCCUCCUCUUCCUUCAAAAGCCCGUUCCCGGCCGACUCCAGGGAGGUGUGGCCCUGUUUCAACACAGGCCGGCGGGACUACUGCUCCUCAACCUUCUUCUCCCCAUCGCCCCUGUUCAGCCAACCCUCCCUCUACCCCCCCGACACCUCCCUCACGGAAGGGAGACGUAGAUACCUUGGCAAGAGGCCCAACGGGCUGGAUGGGCCCGGCAGCAAGAUAGCCCCUGGCUCCCGGGCGGGGCCCCCCUCAGGGGAGUACGGGAAGGGACUCAGCGGCAGGGCGAGUCUGGGAGGUGGCCCCCACACUUCCCACACUGCCGACGAGAGGCGGAGACACUCCGAGGAUCCCGCCGCGUGUUUCCAGCCAGACGCAGUUUUCCACGAUUCCCGCGCGCCUCCUCUAGAGGGCCCCGACUCACAUUCCUCUCCACAGGACAGGGACCCCCGGACGAUGUUGAAGGCUAGGAGCUCCGCCCUGAUCCCAACCGGCUACCAGCCUCACGGGGCAGAGCCCCAGACCCCCAGGAGAGGGGAGUCGCUGAACCCCGUUGGGGAUUAUCCAUCUGAGGCCCAAAUCUACUACUCCUUGGGGUCCAUGUACCCCACCCUUCCCCCCAGCCACCUCAGCCCACAGGCCCAGGUACGAGAAUACCCUGGGUACAGCUCCUCGGGAAGCCCGCUGUAUGGCCUGCCCUCCAUGAAGAACUCCCAGCGCUCCCCGCAGGGCCAGCCCAACAGUCACAGCGCCGACAGAGACCGAGACGGGCAAAGAGACCGAGACGGAGAGCGCGACCGGGACGGACACAAGGACAGGGAGCUCUCGCCCGGGCGGCUGCGUUACCCCCGCUCCUCCCCCCUGCUCCCCCCCCCCAAUAUGACCACCUCGCCCCCGCAACACCGCAACCCCCGAGCACUCCUACCUCACUUUGCCAAGGGUUCGCUGAUCGAGCUGGCGGGGGGCCGCCUGAAGCUUGUGGAGGAGCUGAGGACGGAGGACUUCCUGAGGAGCGCCGACACGUCCCCUGAGUUCCACCUGAGCACCUGCACCGUGCUGCUCAUCACCCCCAGCAACACGCACGGCUUCAACCACCUGCAGGUCCUCCUCACAGAUCGCAACACUCAGGAGUUACUAACAGUUUUGGUGGAGUACCCGUUCUUCGUGCGGGACCGCGGCUGGUCGUCCUGUUGUCCACAGAAAACCUCCCAGCUCUAUGGCCUAUCCUGCCACCAGCUCAGCGAAGGAGACAUCUGCCUGGCACUCACCCCCACGUCGACACCUCGCACACACGCGCGCGCAGCCCCCCGGGGUCACUGCACACCCACCCGGGCCGAGACAGGGGUCGGCACACACCGGGAGGACAUGCCCCCUCCGCCUCCUCCUCCACCUCUCCCUCUUCCCAGCCAGGGUGUCGCCCCUGCUCCUCACCUCCGCCCAAACGCUGCAGACCCCCGAGCACGGGAGAGGCCUCGCCCGCGCAAAAGGCGGUGGUCCGCACCUGACCUCUUCCCCCCUACCGGAACCGCCGAAGCUACCAGGACUGUAAACACCACAGAUUUACCUCACGGCUCCAAGCAGAGAAAGUGGCAGUAGAACUUGGACACCCACAGAGACACACACACACACACACGAGCGAGCGUGCGCGAACACACCCUCUUUGUCUCAUGCACAAGCACAUGGCCACAGAGCAGGGAGAUCAUGAGGCCGAGCUGCAGGGAAGGACAAAGAAAAUGCCUCUUUACCGGUGCCCACACUGUUACCCAAAGUAUGAGCUCAUGCCUCUUUCUCCGCCCACCAGCCCCGCCUCCCUCCCUCUCUCCAUUUAGCGCACCUCAGACCCAGCAAGACAAGAGACUCCCAGAGAGCUCCAUAGAACGAGACAUUUAGUGAGACAAUCAAGCACUUGUCUGUGUUCACUCUGUUUUUGUAACAGUUGUCCCACACGCCUACUUUACUGAUGUGGUUUUUCUGCUGAGUAGCGAUUUUCAAUCAGUGUUACAAAAAGUCAACUCUACAGAAGAAGUUUGUUGCAGGUAUAUGAAUAUAAAUAUGACUGUAUAUUACAUUACAGGUGUUCUAUAAAUAUGCUAGAGCGAUUUAAUGCAAACCCUCUGAUUGUCACUUUCGUAACGCAUUCUCCGUUUAUGAUUUUCUCGCUUCUUCUGAGCCGAAGUUUGACGCUCCGUCAGUCAGUCAGUUGGCCUGGGCAGGCUAGGUGAAUGAAUGUAUCAGCAACAGUUCACCUUUACUAUUCUCGUUAUCCGGGGGGGGGGGGGCGGGGGGGGGUAGUCCCGUCAAUCGUUUGUUCGCCAAGGCAUUACCCUCCAAAAUGUUCUUAACAUUAUCUCAAAGGGAAAAACACUAAAGAAAACUGCGUAGCAGACAAUCUCCUCCCAAACCGGCGGGUCUGUGACACCUCGCCUUAACACUGAGAGUGUUUUUCCAUUAAAAAAAAAUUAAGCUAAAAAAUUCUGAAACGGUUGGAUGCUGGGAGAGUAAUGGUGCUAACAGGUUGGAACUUGAUGCUUUGCAAACAUUUGGCCCGGCUGCACCCUGUACCUCUUCUGCCCCCUUUACUUUCUUCAUGUACUGUAUAUGUUUGAGCGCAGGGAAAAAAUAUUACGUUUGAAAGUAUUUUAAAACUCAGAUACGGGUAUAUUUUCUGAUUCAGCACACUCUUUCACUUUAGUUUUUCAAAUUUUUUUUCUUUGUUUUUCAAAAACAAAAACCUUACCAGUUUGUUUUUUUUCUUUGUAAAUGUUAUAGCUAUAAAAGUUGUAUAUUUUUAAAAUUGUGAGUCUGUUAUAUGAUGUUCGCUAUAAAAAAAAUUAUUAAAAAAAAGCUUUAUAGAUUUAUACUGAAUGAGGUCACUUGCUUCCUCGUACAUUAGCGGUUAGCAGAAAUAUCCGUGUUGACCAGUGGCUGUUCCACGUAUUCGAUCUAUUCUACAGCUAGUUCACCUGAUUCCACUUGUCGACCAAUCACAUGUGAAUGAACUGGACGAGCCUGUUGAGGGCUACAAUAAAUAUUUGAAAUGUACAGUGGUCCUUGAGGAGAGGUUUCAGAAACACAGCCGAACCUGAUGUUGAUUGAUUUCAUUUUUAUAAGUAAUGUAGACACAGCCCCAUGAGAAGUCACAAAUGAUGUCAUACAAAAAUAACAAUGUUCAAUUCUUCUAUAUAAUGGCUAUUUAUUUUCUUUAUAAAACCCCAAUACAAUGAAACACCAAACAAAGCAUGAAUUUAAUUAGUGUGCUAUUUAAAUUACAAGCACAUUUCUAACACUCCUGUUCUAAGAUGACAAGACAAGAUUUUUUUUUUAAUUUUUUUUAAUAGAUUUCAACAUAUACUUUAUGAUUGACUAGAUCAGUGUUUUCCAAUCCUGGUCCUCGGGACUCAAAGGGGUGUACGUUUUUGUUUUUGCCCAAGCAACCACUCAUCUGUUAUAAAUG